GAUUCUAGUAAAUAAAAGAGAGAUGGAAACCAAGAUUUAUACAUCUGCAAAAAGCAAUUCUUGAACACUGAUCUAUUAAAAUCUGUACAAGUGAUCAAUUUAAAUUCUCACUCCUGGUUGUCUACUAUUUGGAGAUCAACCCAUCAACAUGAAGCUGAUCCUUAAUUUUCUUACCAUAAUGGUUGCUACUGCCUUGGCUGCUCCGACUACACCACAGGCUGCAGCCGCUACGGCGAUUGACGUCGCUUAUGACAAUACAUAUGACAAUGGUGACUUGUCGACCAGCAAAUUGGCUUGUUCCGACGGCUCCAACGGGCUUAUAAUAAAAGGAUACAACACUAUUGGUGCUUUACCUAGCUUUCCUCUUGUGGGCGGUGCACCAACCAUUGCUGAAUAUAACAGCCCCAACUGUGGUGCAUGCUAUAGUAUCACCUACAACAGCCAGACCAUCUAUGUAACUGCCAUUGAUGUAGCAGUUAAUCGGUUUGUGCUUAGCCAGGAGGCUCUGGAUCAGUUGACUGACGGACAAGCCGUGCAUUACGGUCAUGUCAGUGCAACUUACGACGUUGCUUCUCCGUCAAACUGUGGAUUUAAGUGAGACCGUUGGUGGAGGGUGGAGUUCUUGGGUGAAACGGUGCUGGUAGUGCAUGAUACACGGGUGUAAUACCGGGCUUUAUUUAUUAGGAUGUCAUCCAGAUCUCGGAGCUUCAAUGAAAGGCGAUGG